UAGUUAUUAUCCUUUCUGUUAAUUCUGUGAUAUUCCCAUCUUUCUUUCUUUUCAUAUCUUCGAGAUAUUGCUAACGAAAGGAAAAUAAUUGUCGACAAUUGCCCCCAAAUCAAGAGGAAAUGAAAAUGUUCUUCCGAAUUGUCUGAUCAGAAUUGGUUCCGGAACAUUACAACGGGAUCAACCCUAUAGGCACUAAUCUGAGCAUAUUCAACUCCAAAUACGCCAAUUCUUUGAAGACCUCCGAUAAAACUACCCAGUUAAUAAAGGCCAAGCAAAAUGGGAAUGACCUAUCCUCGCAUCACCUCAACGGAAAUUCUUCAAUUUUAGCCUCGCAAGGCGAAAACCAUUUUUCUAAUAAACCGCUCUCUUUUCGGCACAACAGGUCAUCGUCUCCGGAUUAUCAUAAAUUUCCCGCUAAUCACGAAGAAGGCGACAAAGAGGAAUCGUCGAAUGGAUUAAAAUCGUCUCCCGCUUCGAAUAAUAACGACACUGAUAUCAGCACUGGCUAUAACGUCAAAACAGAAUUGAACGGUCACGAGAAUCAAUCUGCCAAAGAAUUAUUCCGACCGCCAUCUUGUGCCACCAAUGAAGAUAUCGUCAUUAAAAGAGGCCUGCACCUGGCCCACUCCAUCAGCGUCAAAAAAUUGGCCUUGAAAAUGAUGCGAAAAUCUUUAAACGCCAACCCUUGCAAAAAAAACACUGGCAGCGAUAAACAGAACGGGAGCCAUAAAAACAGGGUCGAUAAACGUUCCGAUAUCGCUAGCAGCCCUGCUAAGGGAAACGGAAAUGAAAACGUUAGCACCGAUUACAAUUGUGAUACCUACGCUGCAAAGUGUAAUAGCCAUAAUAUAUUAUUCCGCAAUGAUUUGGAGAUGCGGAAGAUGUUAGAUUUUUGUCGCUGGGAAAAAAGUAAAAACACUUUGCGUCAUAACCAACCCGAGUUGACCGAGUUGGAAACUUACGAUAAGAAGGCGUUGAACGGCAGAUUUUUGAAAUACCUAGAUAAGCGCAAAUUUUUGGAGGGCAAAUAUAAAGAUAAAACGGCGCGUUCUUCCCCUUCGCUGAACAACGAAACUUUUACUGGAAAAUUUCUGACGCUCUCACACGAAACAGGAAGCGAUAAUAGAAGCCAUUUCCCAUUAUUUCUAUGCGAUUUCAAUUUCGAUAUCCGGCAGAAUAGGCUUAAAUCUCUGCAUCUCAACCGUUUAUUUGAUCGUGCUGAUGCUAAACAAUGUGAUACGGAAUUUAAACUUAUAGGUGAAGACAUCUCCUCUUUAGCUUCCACUGUAAACGAGAUCUUCAUAUUUGGUUGUGCCAAGAGCUCUCUCAAUUAUUUUGGUCAGACCCUAGGCAAACUAAUGUCCCACAAAAUAUGCGAAAUUUUGAGCCAACACAGCCACUACAGGCCAUCGGAUAACUGGCUCCUGGUAAUUCACUUAUCGACUAACACUUCGAAUAUAAACAAUAAUUCUUACGAUUUUUUGCCUAUCAGGGAUGAUUGCGCCGAGAUCGGGAGAGAGAUCAAAUCUUCUCUUUUGGAAGUUUUCAGGGAAACGCCCGUUCUACUCUGCCUCAUAUGCAGGCGCAUAAUAUUCCGUAAUUUGGAUAAUUUCGCCCACUGGACUGACCACUGUGUUAAUGCCCACAACCUUGCAAAAGAUGAUGACCUCUAUGAGCUCUUCGUUCAGAACGGUCAUCAUUGCGCGGAAAACGACGAUUUUUACAUCAUGUACCGCGUAAAACCCGAUGACGAAAUGGGUCAAGGUGACAUCGAUAUAAACAUUAAGACUACCACUAACCAGAGGCUAUUUAAGGAUAUCUGUAUAUCCUCCGCUAAAAUAAGUCGUUGCUUGUUCCACAACGUAGACUUCCACACUACCUCACCCCAUAACCAUUACUCAUAUCGCUGCUCCGAUAAACUAACAAUUAACCACGAUGGCACGAAUGAACCCAUUUCACCUACAUCGUUUCAACAAUUAGUAGAUCCCCUCCUAAAUUCCUUAUUUCCGGAAAAUACCUCUAAAGCAUCAAUUAUAAAUGACAUGAUAUUUAAUAACCUUAACCCAUACUCGUUUCCCUCGUCAUUUUUUCCCCCGCCUUCCUCUACUCCUUUUUCUUCUCACAUUCCAAAUUUCAUCGAUUGCUCAAAAAUGUCCGACAUUAUUACGACCCACUUACAUCAUCAUCCUCGUCCUAAUGUCAGACCCCAAAACAUUCCCUCACUAAUUUUGCCGCAAGAGUCGGUACAUGCCAAAAUCAAGAAUGGUGAUAGCGAAUUCGCCGCCAAUCAAGAGGGCAGUGAGACAAACGAUGAAAAAAGGUUGUCCGAUAAAGAAUUAGCAUCAAAAAAAAGCAACAACGACAAGCAUUGUCUCGUUUCGGUGACAGCUAAAUACUCAAAAGAUUCUAACAUUAAAUUACCAACUACCUCCUCUCAAUCCACCGAAGCUUCUCCAAACUCUUACAGGACUCCAGUUUCCAAACAGACAUCCAAUCGCGAGAGAGAAAGUCCCCUUUCCGAUAAUUCUCAUCUAUCGAAUUCGAAUCUCUUCACUAAUCACCUCUUAUCUGCAGGAACUGUUGAAUGCCCUAAAUGCGAUUUGGUUCUCGGUUCUUCCCGUUCCCUGGGCGGUCACAUGACUAUGAUGCAUUCUCGUAACUCCUGUAAAACACUUAAAUGUCCCAAGUGUAAUUGGCAUUACAAGUACCAAGAGACACUUGAGAUUCACAUGAAAGAAAAACACCCGGUAGCUUCGAAUGGGCCAGCGGCUUGCGUCUACUGUCUUAACUCUGAAUCCCACCCCCGUCUAGCCAGAGGCGAAAACUACAGUUGUGGGUACAAACCCUAUAAGUGCGAGAUCUGCAACUACUCAACAACAACUAAGGGUAACCUCAGCAUUCAUAUGCAAUCGGAUAAGCAUGCCAAUAACGUCAACGAAAUGCGGUUAGUCAAGGAUAAGGCCGAGAUUUCUGACGUCCCAUCUCUAACCGAUAAGCUGGAUGAUUUUAUCGAGGAAGAAGCAAUUAGUAAAAGCCUUAACAUUCAAGGCAUGGAUGAAAACGAUAAAUCUGAAUCCACUUUGGAAGAUACGGCUAAUAGGGAUGUUGAAAUUAAUGACUUCAGCGAGAAGUCUGCUUUAUUAUCUUCUCCUUAUUCCUCUUGCAAGACUUCUAACAGGGUGAGUAUUUUUGGUGCCACUAAAAUGAAAAGAAUCUGUAAGCUAUGUCCCUUCGAGGCAGUUACCAUACGAGAUUUGAGACUACAUAUGAUGUCAGGUGCACAUCUAGCGCCUUGUCAGACCUCCAAGCCAAACUCGGUCCAAUAUUCGGAAUCCGAUCAUCUUCUUUCAUCUCCCGGUAAGAGCAUGUCCGUUGAGAAGCCUCUGUUCGCAGCGCUAUUCGAUUUGGACGCUAAGAAAGUUGAAAGACCGAGAUUGCUCCUCUUGAUUUCGCUGUUGGCUCAAGCUUUGCACCGGAAAUAUGGUUUGAAGGCCGCCAUCGAAGAGAUCAAACAAAAGUUCACUAGAAAAUGGUCGAAAGAUUCUCGAAGCAAUAAUGACGAUGCCGUUAAUCAUGGUUUUUUCGAAAACACUUAUGCCUGUUGCGUGUGUUACAAUUAUUCGUGUUCCGAUAUCGAAAGCUUAAAAAUUCAUAUGGCGGAUGUGGAGUUCGAUGAGGAAUCCCUCGCUAAUCCUGAUUUGGCGAAUACUAGCAAAACCCUGGCAGAAAUCUACUAUCAACAUUCCUCUAAAAAUGGCGGUGCUAAAAAUAAUGACAACAAUAAUAAUCAAUGGUUAUUAGACUUGUUUCGAUUAGAUAACGCUACCGAGCCUGGAAACCAUAGCCAAACGCUACCCCGAAUCCGUUCGCGCGACAGCGGUCUGUUCCCCAAAAUAUAUUGCACGUUGUGCGAUAGAUUUUUAUCCCACACCGAGCAAUUGGAAAACCAUGAGUCCUCACCUUUUCCACCCGCGACAUCCCCGCGCCGCUAUAGCGGAGAACCGAAAAAACCUGGAUUGAAUCGGCGAUUCGAUCACCAUUUCGACUUGCUCGCCAUUUCCCGGAAGUGCGCCAAAACUCUGCUCUCCAUCCCCCAGGGGUACGUGGGCGACUUAAACAUUUUGAAUAACAUUGAAAAGUCGGAGGAAAAAACGCUCAUCGAAAAUGAUGACGAUAAAAAUAUGACUAUAUCCUUAUCCAAUAAUUUGAAGUAUUCUUCUUUCGACUCAUUGAGCGGGGACCAAUUAACCCCACCCCAUUGCUACGUUACCUUUUGCGAAUCACAUUCUAAACCUUGCGUGAGCCCGCUAGACGUCGUCCGUCAUCUUGCUUCUCACCGCAUCGAUUCCGAAAAUAGCCAUCCUUCCGAAAACGAUUUAGUCGAUUAUUCCGGGAAAAAGGCUGCCAUCGAUUGCCAAAUUUCGAGGAAAAGUAUCCCGCCAGAAAAUUACGAAGAUAUAAUGCUACGAUCUCUCUUGUCCCACACGGACCUAGAUUUCAAGGCCUUAAGAGAUGCCAAUUUUAUGGGUAACAUUUUCAACGGCACAUCCGACAACGCAAAGGAAUACACGGCCGCCUUGAAAUUAGCGGGGAUGACAGAAACCGACGCCGGUCCUAAUGGCGACGCAACAAUGGAUAAUUCGGCUUUAUUGGAAUUGGCGCGAUCUUUAGCCCUGAAAUAUAACUCGCCUUCCACGGUCACCCAAAACGAUACACAUAACGACUCGGGCAUCGGUAGUACAAAUACCCCUCCGAUUUCGGCGUCGGCGUUGUCCCCUUCUUCCAUGCUUAAAAUGGCGUUAACGUUUCCUUCCGGCGGCAAACACAUUGGCGCGGGAUUUCAUUCGGAUAAUAUGGGACGAAUCCCCAAUUUCGAUAGUCAUUCCCAUGCUUAUCAUCGUAAUCGUAAAGAAGACGAAUCGCGCGAAAAAAACCUCGAAGGAGGCCCACCCAUCCCUUCCUCAUUACCAUUAUCAUCUAGUCAGAAGAACGAUCUCGAUCCACGAAAAAAUAACCGCUUGAGCGACGAAAACCCUCCUCCCCCCAAAUUAGCGGAAGAUGGUGACCAACACGAAAAUAAAGCUUCACCUCACAACGAAGAGAGUUCAAAAAAUUUCCCCGCACUCGAUGAUGCUAUAAAAUCGGAAGAAAACCCACCUGACCUCUCACAACUGCCCAAUUAUUCGAAACAAUUAAUUUCCGCUACGACCAGCGAAUCCCAAAUUUCAACCAGUAUCGGCAAGAAAAGCAUUCCUAUCAGAUUAAAGAAUAGCGCCAAAUGCAAUCUUUGCCAUAUGCGUUUUAACAAGGCCUCCAUUUUGACGGCCCACGUCAAUCGCGUACAUAAAGGGGAGACCAGCAUUUUAGCCGAAUAUUCUUCCGCCGAUUCACUGAAGAAGCAAACUGGCAUAGAGAAAUCAAAAUCGUUCAAGGACGAUUUCAAAAGUAAAUCGAACAAGGAUCGCAAUGUAGGAGAGUCCCUGUCCAUAAAUGGAACUAUUUUACGAGAUAGUAGGCUAACUCGACACGCAAAGAAUCGCUACGAUGCGGAAGACGAAGAAGCGAAUUGCGAUGAUACCCAAGAUUAUGAUCUCAAAAACUCCUUAUUUCAAUUUCCGUUCCCGGCAUUCCACUCCUCGAAUCUCAAGGAGUCCGGCGGCGUGGAAAAUGGACCUUCUUGCACCCGUAUGACAGCUCUCGAAAAAUUCUGGGAUCCCAGCCGGCCUUUCAAAUGUCCGCUUUGCUUGGAGUCAUUCACUCAAAAGAAUAUCUUACUCGUUCACUUUAAUUCGGUGUCCCACUUACACAGGCUCAAAAGGUCGGUUUUGGACAAGUUCAACGAUGGCACAGCCCAAAAUAUGGGGGAGUUCUCACAGCACGAGCUUAUGGCGAACUACCUAUCCUCCCUGCAUAAUUAUCAAAAUAUCAACAAUGAUAUUUGUACGACCGAACCCCUAACCCCUGCAUCUUCCCUUAAGCAUAAAAGUUUCGAUCCUUUUUCUAAAUCGUUCAAAGCAGCAGCAAGCAAUGAACAAUAUUACCACCAAAAGAGAAAAAUGUCCCAGAAAAUGUACGAGACUAAACUUGCCAAAUUCGGCGGCGACGUAAUCACAAGUGAACAUAUGGACACGGUUGAUAAUGCUACUCUUGUGGCGAAUAAAAAUGGUGCUCUGCAGCAUCAAGACCACUUAUCACCUACUUUCGAUUCAGCCCUGGCCAGCAUUGGAAUAGAAAUGGUUCGGGAUUACGAUCAAAACACGGAUCUUGAAUUCGAAAGCGGGAAGGAGGAGGAAAAAGAGAAAUUAAAGCGUUGGAUUGGUGUGGAAGAUUAUGGGAAGGAAGGUGACGUAUUCGCGAAUUCUGAUACGACCAAUUAUAAGUUUAUCUGCAAAAUUUGCCGGAGCAAAGAAGGAGAGGAUAUUUAUUACGAUUCGUUAGCCAAAAUUAGGGUCCAUUUGAAUGAGAACCAUGGGUUCGUGGUUACCGACAGGGAUAUCACUUCUUUCGGCCUCGAAUUCAAUGGGAAUGAUGGUGUUGGUAUCGUUGGAUCUAAAAACGUUCUUACAGUCUCGAAAUCAAAAACGCCAGGCUGUUUGCCUGAUCCCGAUAUCAAACGCGAUGUAAAUAAGCCACGAGUGGACGAUGAUUCCAACAGGAGUAGCCUAAGUUACCAUCAACGCGCAUUAUUCGGUAGCAAAUACAAAUUCAAUAAGAAGGCCCUGAGAAAAGACUUUUCGCGUUCCGCUAGGCCUCAAAAAAAUGCCUCCUUCCAUUAUCCCUCUAGAUCCAAAGCCUUGUUGUUAGACGAUUUGAACAAGGCUAUCAUAAAACAUCAUACUUCUAAGCAAAAACGCGAUGAUACUUCGAAUUUGCCCAAAAUACCAAACUUCUUGGAUAGCACCAACACAGGACCUAACUCCUCUUCGUUUGACGUUUCCUCGUUAUCCGCUUACGAUUCGAACUCGCCGUUUCCGUCUAAUGGUCCUCAUCCCUUUAUGAACCCUUUCUACCCACCUCAUUUCCAUAACCCUAACCUCUUGCUCACGCCUCCCUCUUCCUCCUUCUCGCCUAACAUGCUGUACAACGGAAUGAUGAUGAGAGGUAUUCCUCCCACUUUCCCAUCUCACCCGCACUCUUAUAUGUACCCUGCUGCAUAUUACAAUUACUACUUUGGCGGACACAACAAUGAACAUUCUCAGAUGUUCCUCCCUCCUUUUCCCAUUAAAGAUGAGGAAUCGCAUUUAGAAGAUAGUACCGAUCAUAAAGAAAAUAAGGAAAGCACAGGUCAUGCAUUUGAAAAGCAAGCCAACAAAAAUAACGCCAAUUGUGCUGCGUCGUCACCAUCCGCCAAUCCUAUGGUCGAAAAUUCGACCAGUUGCCUCAUGUCCAACAAGCGGGCUAGAACUCGGAUCAGCGAUGAACAACUCAAAAUUUUGAGAUCUAAUUUCGAUAUCAACAACAGUCCCACAGAGGAGCAAAUCAAGAAUAUGUCGGAAAAAUCCGGUUUGCCGGCUAAAGUCAUCAAGCACUGGUUCCGAAAUACCCUGUUCAAGGAGCGGCAAAGGAACAAGGAUUCUCCUUACAACUUCAACAAUCCACCCUUGGCUAGGCUCGCUUCUUCUUUCCCGCCUUACGAGAUGGGCAUCCCGUUAAUCUCGCAAAACAGUAAUAGGAAGGGUUCAUGCUCACCCCCGCCACACGACGACCAAAAAUGUGAGAACCAAUUCGAGAAAGGUGUCGACGGAAAAGAUUGGGUCGAUAGUAGCGUUACCGAAGAGGUUCGAAUGAAUGACGUAUCUACCAAAGAAGAGCUGGAUGAAAAAAUUAGGACGGAGACUCGCAAUGCAAAUAAUAUCAAAGGCGAAUAUAUGUCAGAUUUUAAACACUUGCACCCACAAGUAACGGAAAUUCUGACUAAAGGGAUGGAUGAUGAUGAUUUAAAAAAAGUUCCCCUCAUUGCGAACGAGACAGUUGCUUUAGAGUCAAAAGAUUUAUCUACCAUAACGGAAAAAAAGCAGUGCUCCAGCGCACCGAAUAAUUCUAUUUGCGAACCAUCUCAACAACAAGAUUUCGAUAGUAAGCCCCUUUCAGCUAUUACUUCUCACCCCCGAUCUCCAUAUUUAUUGGAGAAAGGUUUUUUAUAUCCAUCUCAACCCUAUGAUGGUAAACUACUCGAGUCACGAGAAUACGGUUCUAGCUUGAACGCUUUCUUUAACACCCAAAUGCAUUUGUCUGCUGCCGAUUUAGCUGCCGCGGCUUUAGCAAGCGGAGGGCGUAGAGCGAACAGAACCCGAUUCACGGAUUCCCAGAUCAAGGUCCUGCAAGAUUAUUUCGAAAAAAACGCUUAUCCUAAAGAUGACGAAUUAGAUAAACUUUCCAAGAUACUAGGACUUAGUCCGCGCGUUAUAGUAGUCUGGUUCCAGAAUGCGCGGCAAAAGGCCCGUAAGCAUUACGAGACUAAUCCCAAUUUGGCUUUCAACUUUAGCGCUUUCAAUGAAGCUAACAAUAACUCAAUCAACUCCCAUUUCACUAACGAUGACGCGUCGCCAUCUCCUCUAUUAGACGAUAAUAAUCUCGGAGUCCGAUCUCCGCCGUCUUAUUUUGAGGCAUCGGAAAAAGAUUAUGGGAUGGAUGAGAUAGAACCUAAAUCCCCAGCUGACGAAAUCGUUAUCAAGCCUGAUCAGACUAAGGCUUUUGGGGAUAUCUCGUAUCUGCAUCGCUACUACGAAACAUACUAUUCUCAAUACAUCAACAAAUCUUCGUCUAGUCAACCUGAUGUCCACGAUUUCUCUCACAAUAACCAUAGCACUAAUAUUGAUAAUGAUAUGGUUAUCAAAAGAGAACCUAUCGAUUUCGAAUAUUGCGAAGAAGAUCGAUUGACGUGUCCUCGUUGCCGAGUAAAAUUCCCAUCCCAAUUCAUCCUCUCCGUGCAUAAAGCCCAAUGCGACACUAAACUCGAUAAAAACCGUAAACCAACCGCUGCCUUCAACUACGGUCAGCAAGAUAACGACGAAUCGUCGUCUAGCAAAGACACUUCCGCUAUCAAUGGGCGAACUUCCGCUACACCUAGCAUUACGGACAAAAAUGUAUUUGACGGCUCAUCCGACUACGCUACCCAAUUGCAAAACUAUUACGCCUACGUCAAAUUGAUGAAUGAAGCGGCGAGCUUCGCGACAGAUAUCAAUCCUACUUCAUACCUACAGCAAAACAUCGAAAACGAUCAAUUUCCCGGGUAUUCGUUUAAAGGGGACAAGGAUACUUCCUGCAGGACACCCGAUAACGCUUCUAAUUCCAAUUCGGAUCACAUGACGAGUGGCGAAAAUAUCGUGACCGGCUCUACUAAUAACCAGAAUGGUAGUCUUAACGAUCAAGCAACCACAGAGGAUGGCAACAAAAAAAGGCUUAGAACCAACAUAUCGCCAGAACAAUUGUUGUACCUUCAUCGGCAUUACCAGACCGAGAGCAAUCCAUCUAAACUUGUAAUGGAGAAGAUAGCGAAAGACAUAGGGCUUAAAAAACGAGUGGUUCAAGUCUGGUUUCAGAACGCCAGAGCUAGGGACAAAAAGUCUUCGAUGUGCUAUUAUUCGACUUUCAGUCCUACCACCGUUCCUGUAUCCAAUUCCAUGUCUUCAACAGUUUCCGCUGGGUGUAAGAAGGGCUUGACUAGUCCAUUUUUCAGUCCCACUCCGAAAUCGUCUAAGCGCUGCCCUUUUUGCAACAUGUUUUUCCGGGCUCGUUCUUUGUUAGAGCUUCAUGUUAAGAUCAAGCAUCCCCAUAAUUUCGACGAUUUUUUAGCCUUCAUGCCUCCUCCCUCUUCCCUUCCCUCCGCGUCUAAGACCUCCAUGGCCGAUCCGAUUUUCACAUCUGAUUUGAAAUCCCUAGAAAAUCGUACUGACCCUUUUAGAACUAAAAAGGCUGAAAAUAUUGAUUCUGCUAUGGAUAUUGACAAUAAACCUGGAAAUGUAUUGGAUACAAAUAUCAAAACAACCGAGGAUGUGUCCGCUAAUUAUGACCCAAAUUCUUCAUUAUCGACAUACCUUAAACGACCACUUCAAGCCUUCACUGACGGUAAAUUGAAUAAAACCCAGCCAGUAUUAGAUGUCAAGAUAUUGCCUACGCAAAUGGCCAAACCGUUUGACUUGCUUUCCCCUCUAGACUUGAGUCGAUCAUCUGCCAACAACAGUACUAAUUGUAACGACUCCUCGGAAUCACCUUAUAACAACAAUAAUUGCAUUAAGGAGGCUGAUUCUUCCUCUUUCCUCCUAAAACAAGAUGCCAAUACAUUCCAUAACGAUUCUCAACACGUAGAUUUGCAAAGGAAGCUGUUGAGGUCGCGGAACAGCAAGCUUUUGGAUCUGAUGAUGAACCACAAAAAGGAAUCGGACGAUUACUCUUCAAAUCUCUCGCCAGAAUCCAGCGAUAAUACAAGGUUCAGACUAACUGGCAGCAACGAUGCCAUUACCAAGGAUUUCAAGGAAGCUGGUAAUUUUGUCUUGUCAACUUUAUCGGCCGUAGCUGCUUCUUACGGCUCCUCCAAUUGCAUUUCUAAUAAAAGAUACCGAACUCAAAUGAACAACUACCAGAUUGCUUGCAUGAAACACAUUUUCAACGAUUACAAAACGCCCACCAUGAUGGAAUGCGAAGUUUUGGGGUCCAAAAUUGGUUUGGCUAAGAGGGUCAUUCAAGUAUGGUUUCAAAAUGCCAGGGCUAAGGACAAGAAAACCAGGUACGGUUACCACAAAGUGUCCCAAGAUCAGGAAUGGAAAAACGCUAACGAAUGCCGCCUUUGCAACGUUAAAUACAAUACCAACUUCCUCAUUCAGGAUCAUAUAUUCACCGAUUCCCACUUGAACGCCAUCAAAAAGUUAAUAUGCGGCUCAGAGGCCAGUAGCAGGAUGAUGGUGGAAUGGGAAAAUUUGGGAGCUUGCAAUCAGGUUCUAUCUCCAUCUCACAAGCUUUUCGAUUCUUAUGCUAGGAGCAGCACCUUGGCAUCUAAGCAGCAUAUUGCCGCUAACUCGAAAACAACUCAUCUAGUCUCUGAGAAGGAUAACGAUUCUAUGGUCGGUGAUUGCGACGACAGUCUUUCCGGCGGCGACAAAAAUGAAAGCGCCAUGGAUUGGAACAAAUCUGUCGAUAACCCGGAAAAUGGUAGCGAAUAUACAAAUGCUCAGGCAUUAAAAUAUCUCAAUUAUUUUUACGACAAUAUAAUGUAUUCGAAUUCCUCGCACUCUCUCAUAAAUCCGCCACCACCUAUCCAUCCCUAUUUAUCAGCCAGCAAUGGUCAUCUCUCCAACAAUUUCUACGAUUCUGAAGCGGCAUCACCUUUCCUAAGAAACGAAAACCAAAUCGUGACCGAAAAAUUCGACCAAUCAUUGUUGAACGAAGGAACUCCACUCAAUUUGCUUCAAAUCAGUCCCAAAGUCUUGCUGGACAUUCAAAAAAUCUUGUUCACCGACAUCAGUUGCGAAAAACCGAAUUUCGUUUUCACCCAGGACGCUAGCUCUCUCAAGGAUUUGGGGGAGAAAUCUGACUCCGUGGUGCAAGAAAUAUCCGCUCAAGUGGGAUUCGUGUGCCGAAAGUGUCAUUUGGUUUAUCCGUGCGGAAGCGCGUGCUUAAGUCACGUUAGCAAAGAUGGGUGUCUCUUGAGUGGCAUCCCCGAUGUUCCCAAACAAAUUUCGGAAAUCUCGCCCGAAACUCACACAAAACUGAUGCUAAAAUUAGUGCAAACUUAUUACAAAUGCGUUCCGUGCACCUCUCUCCCGGCUAGCGACCACCAAAAUGGUACCACCGGCAAAGAAGGAAAGCUUCGAAACAUCAACGACGCCUAUCAUUUCUCUACCGCCAUAGACUUUAAUCAUCAUUGUAGAACGGACGCCCAUAUUUCUUCUAUGAACUAAAACAAAUCGCACCCCUCAUUCCGCCUCUCUCCCAUCCCCUAUAUAUUUAUAAAAAAAUGUGAUUUUCAUUCCUCUUAUCAUUAUAAAAAGAUCUUGGAAUUUAGUUGAGAUUUAUUAAUAAUCAUGUAUUUUUACACAAGGAAAAACUAAAACCCAUAAAAAAACACACAAGCAAUAAUUUUAUUUUUUUUUUUUAAUCUAAUUUUUUUUAUUUUUUACCAAAGAAAUAUUUUAAAUAUAUAUAUUAUUAUUAUAUUUAAUUCUUAUUUUACGUUUUAAGAAACGAAUUUAAUUAAUUAAUAUACAUUUAAGAAAAAAAAAAACUAUAAUAAUUAUUAACCAUAUUUUAAAAAAUAAAUUAAUAUUAAAAAUAAUUAUUUUCGAUGUCAUUUAUUAAUUCCCU